AAUAACCCUGUGUGUAUGUGUGUGAGAGAAAUGCUUCAUCUUCAUCUCCUUGUCUCUGAAAAUAAUAAUAAUAAUAAUAAUACCAAGGAGGUUUUAAUGUCUACCCACCACCUCUGAAUCAAACUUUGUUUGUUGUGCUUUCAAAUCACACCUUUUUGUUUCUUCAUUUCUCAUUUCAAUCUUUCUUACCCAAAUCCCCAUUUUCAUUUUCAUUUUCCCACCAAGUUCUUGAUUUGUUCUAUGUUUCUUGUCACUUCAGAUCUAUAAAACCUGCAUUCUCAUUCAGUCAUUUCCCCUUUCAUUUUCUUUGUUUGUUUGUUUUAGCUUGAAAAGAUGAGUAAAGAAGAGUUUGUCAAGAUUCAGACUUGUUCUUUGAAGGUGAACAUCCACUGUGAUGGGUGUAAGAGGAAAGUGAAGAAAAUUCUACAGAAAGUUGAGGGGGUUUACACUAUUAACAUAGAUCCAGAACAGAGUAAGGUGACAGUGUCUGGAGUUGUUGAUCCAAACACACUCAUCAAGAAACUUGCAAAAAGUGGAAAACUUGCUGAGAUUUGGGGGGCUGCUUCUAAGCCUAAUCAACAGAUCAAUAAUCAGAUGAAAAACAUGCAGAUUGAUGGUGGUAAGGGUGGUGGCGGUGGCGGUGGUGGUGGUGGUGGAAAUAACAAAAAUCAGGGUCAAAAAGGUGGAAAUAAUAAUAAUAAUAAUAACAAUAAUAAUAAUAACAAGAAUCAGCAGCAGCAGCAGCAGGGGAAAGGAAAUCAGCAGCAAGCGGCACAACAAGGCGGUGGACCGACACCGCAACAACUGCAGCAACUGCAGCAGCUACAGCAGAUGAAAGGGUUUCAAGAUCUGAAAAAUCAUCCACAAUUUAAGGAUAUGAAACUGCCUGCUUUGGGUGGUGGUGGUGGUGGGAAGAAUGGUGGACAGAAGGGUGGGAAAGUGGUGGAGGAAGAUGAUGGGAGUGAAGAUGAUUAUGAUGAUGAUGAUGAUUUUGAUGAUGAUGAUUAUGAUGAUGAUGAGUUUGAUGAUUUGGAUGAUGGGCCGGUGAAGAAACCGGUGAUGGGGGGUGGCGGUGGGCCGCAGGGUCAGAUGGCGAAUAUGUUACCGCAGCUUAUGAAGAGUGGGCAGAUUCCGCCGCAGUUUAUGAAGGGCGGGCAGAUUCCGCCGCAGUUUAUGAAGGGCGGGCAGAUGCCGCCGCAGUUUAUGAAGGGCGGGCAGAUGCCGCCGCAGGGGAUGAAGGGUGGUGGUCCUCAGAUGGGGAAUAAUGGCGGAAAUGGUGGAAAGAAAGGAGGCGGUGGUGGCGGUGGUGGCGGCGGCGGUGGGGGUGGUAAUGUUCCUGUACAAGCGAAUGGCGGUGGUAAGAAAGGCGGUGGAGGGAACCCAAAUCAGAAUCAGAAUCAAAGCGGUGGUGGGGGGAAGAAUGGUGGGAAGAAUGGCGGUGGAGGUCCGGGGGAUGGUCAAAAUAAGAAUGGCGGUGGAGGCGGUGGCGGUGGUCAGAAUAAGAACGGUGGUGGAGGCGGUGGUCAAAACAAGAAUGGCGGUGGAGGCGGCGGCGGUGGUGGUGGUGGCAUGAACAUGAAUGGUAAUGGGAAUGGAGGUAAGAAAGGUGGGAUGAAUGAUGGUAUAGAUGGCAUGCCAAACAUGAUGAUGGGUAUGAAUGGGGGUGGGGGUAAUGUGGGGCUCGUGGGAAACAUGCCAAUGGGUGGUCAAAUGGGUCCUCGAAUGGGUCAAAUGAACGGGCCCAUGGGUCAUAUGGGUGGCAUGCAAGCGGUUCAAGGACUUCCGGCUGGGGCAGCGAUGAACGGUGGUGGUGGUGGUGGGAAUUUCCAAGGUGGAGGGCCGGAAGGAAUGGCGGGUAACCCUUACUAUCAGCAACAAUUAAUGGCAGCGGCAAUGAUGAACCAACAACACGCGAAUGGUGGUGAAAGAUUUCACCCAAUGAUGUAUGCUCGACCACCACCAGCGGUCAACUAUAUGCAGCCGCAGCCACAAGCGUAUCAGCCUUACCCGCCCUACCCCUACCCACACCCACCACAGGGCGAUCCGAUCACACACUAUUUUAGCGAUGAAAACACCUCAAGCUGUAGCAUGAUGUGAGAGACCGCAAUUGGACAGAGGUUUCCCUUGGCGGUUUGCGGUGGUGGGCUGGUGGCUCAAGGACUCAAAACCACUAGCAGGGCCAAGAGAUGUUGUUUUCUUUAGCUUUAGUGGUUUCCCUUUUUUCAUUUUUAGUUUUUACUUGAUCCUAAAGAUGGGUUAGGUUCUUUUUUAUAAAAAUUAUGAUUAUAGGGGAGUAAUAUAUAGAUGAUAAUAUUAUCAAAAAGAUUAGGGGAAGAAUGAGAUGUUAGUGAGUAAUGGUGAUGAUGAUGGUGGCCAUGGGUGAUGAUGAUGGUGUUGGUAACCAUGGUGAUGAUGAUGGUGUUGGUUUAUGAGCUUGAUGUUUAUAUGUGUUCAUAUGUUGAAGAAAGAGAAAUAAUAUGAAAUGAGAUUUGGGGUUUUUAAAAAACAAAAGCAAGUCCCCCCAAUUUCUUCCCCACAAAUCCUCCCUUUAUCAUGUUUUAAGUGAUUAUUAUUACAACUUUAAAGUACUAGAAUCAUUUUAUGAAUAUUUACAUGUUUUUGAAGUAGUUAUCAUUA